UAUCUCAGUGGCACCAGCUAUAUAACAAGUUCAAACCCCUCCUGCCUCCUUCAAUCCAUCCCUUAAUCCCAUUGAAAUUGUUGAAUCAUGCAGGAUUGUGAAGAAACUGCAGCUAAUGAUCUAAAGCCCUCCAGUGAUCCAACUGGGUGGAACGAUAACCAGAAUCUGAAGAAGAAAAUAGAGCAUCUGCAAAAGGCGCUGGACGAUCUGGUGAGCGUGAACUCCCUCUUCAGCUUCGCGAUGUUCGUCGGGAUAUCCUUCGCGAGCUCCAGCCCGCAUAGCCUCGAGACGCGGACACACUGCCGAGCCACCAGCCAGACGAGGAUGACGCUCCUGCUCAACGAGGUGGUGUCCUUCGUGUGCUUCCUCCUCUCAAGCCUCGUCGCCACGGCCCUCAAGAUGCACCUCUCCACGUACCUGGCACUCGGCCCCGAACGCAUCGCCGACUUAAAGAAUUUUUGGAUUAGUAACGUGAUGAGCCUGAUGAUCCUGGUGUCGACGUUGGGGUCGAUCCUGGGGUGUGUCUACUUGACGCUGUCGAUGGUCGACGUGGUCCGCGUGCUCCUCGGUAAUCUCACUUGCGGGAAAAGCGACACGAUUCAGGCCGCAGGGUGCUUGAUUGCCAUCAACUCCCUGGCCCUCGCCAUCUAUGUGCCCAUCAUGAUGCAGGCCAUCUUUCUAUCGUACUUCAAUCUUCAAAUAGCUGGACAAACAGGAACCUAACCUUAGUAGUAUUCUCUUCGCCAAUAUCAUCAUGUGUGGAUGCCGAUGAUAUUAAUCAGCUAUUAAUUAUCGCGAUGUUCGUUUCUUUCGUAUGUUACUUGCCCCAUGGCAAUCGGAUAAUCAUGUACCAUCGGCCUAUAUAAAAUGGAUUCUUAUU